AUGGCAUGCACCUUAUCCGCUGCGAGCCGCCACCCCUUCCCACCUACCGCUCCCGGUCGCACUCUCAGGCGUCGAGGCCUUUCCGCUACCACCACCCACCUCCCCUGGCCCUAUCGGACCCAGGCUGAGAGUACUGCGUUCCCCAUCCACCCUGCUCUACUGAAAGCCGACGACUUGACGUCUACGUUGGACGCGCCAGUCAACCCCCCUCCUCCGCACAAACAACAACCCCCUCCGCACCCACACCCGACCAUGGCCCCGCCACCCCGCGCGCCACGGCGCAAGGCCUGCGAGGCGCUCCUCCCAGACGGCACGACGCCGUGCAGCGCGACGUUCCGGGGCUGGGGCCGGUACUGCGCAGCGCACCUCGAGGAGCACGCGCGGCUCGCGGGGCGGUACAAGGACGCGGCGGCGCGCGCGGAGCGGCUGCGGGCGAAGGGCGCCCUGGGGGAGAAGCAGGUGCGCGCGAUGGUGCUGGAGAGCGUCGUGGGGCGCGCGCUGCAGCGCGUGCGGGCGUACCGGGACGCGCUUGGGGAGGAGCGGGCGGCGCGGGAGGCGUAUUUGAGGCGGUUCCCUGUGAGGGCGCAGGGGGCGGGGGCGGGGGAUGAGGGGGUCGGGUCGCGCGCGGGGAGUCCUGGGAGCGUGCAGAGCGACAGUGGGGGUGAGAGGAGGGAGAGCUCGAGGGGCUCGCGGUUUGCGGGGGACGAGCGGCACGAGCAGCGGCUUGCGGCGUUGACGGAGCUGCAGGCGGGGUGCGACGUGCUCAUCGAGCAGCUCGAGCGGCGGAGGGAGGAGAUCGUUGCUGCGGUACAGCAGAGGAGAGCUGGGAGGGAGGCCGUUCAAGGCGAUUCAGAGAGGCAGCCGCUCCUGGCUGGAGGGACGCCGCGGCCUCGCACCGGGAGGGCGUGGCAUAUUGCGCUAUUUGUGGUUCUGCUGGUAAUUGUGCUCACGCUGUUCAUGCUUUAUGCCUUGGGCCAUAUCGGCACUUUGAACCAUGCUCAUAGUUGAGCAUUGUGCUGCUCUUGAACACAUAGGUAUCACCGGGGCAUCGCAAACACGGGACUUGCUGGAUGUUUUCUGCCCAUGUUCUGCGUUGACCAUCUGCGCAUACUGACUUUGUGCAAUAUUGUCUGGAUCUACUGUGUAUGUACAAUUCCCCGCUCCGUCACACUUGUAUCGAUAUCACCCCUGCCAUACAACGCCGCGUGUGUCAUUGCACCGGCCCUCCACUUUCCAACCUUGACAGAAGACUAAGCAGGUUCGUCCCCCCGCUGCGCCUUGACUCACAACCACCGCCAGGACCGCCGCCUCCCCUGGGGCACGCCCUCCCCGUCGGCGCCCCAGCGCAUACAUCCUCCCCAGCCAUGACGACGCCGCCCUCCUCGCCCAUCUCGUUCGUCUCGCAAGCAUCCCCAGCUACCCGGUCCGACCCCUGGACCCCAGGCAGCCCCGGAGUCGGGACUGGGUUCUGCCAGGCCCUGCUCGCAGACGAGGCGACCGUCUGCGCCGUGCGUGCACGAGGACGCGGGCGGUACUGCGCAGAGCACGGGGCCGAGUACAAAGAGCUCACGCGGGCGUACAAGGAGGCGUCUGCCACGGUGCAGAGCCUGGACAAGCUCGUCCUGCCGAAGCGGACGCGCAUGCAGGCCCUCGAGGACGCGCAGGCCGUCGACGACGCGCUGCAGGUCGCGGAAGCGCUCCUGGAGGCGAUCGAAGAGGAGAUCGAGGGGCGGCGGACGCACCACCGGCGGUUCUUCCCGACCAGUGAGUGAUGCCGGUUGUCUGCGAUGCGCGUUCGGUUCGGCGAGGGUUGAGCAUGUGCGCCGACCGCAGAGGACGACGGCCACGAGCACUGGCUCAGGAAGCUGCAGGUCAAGCACGGGGUCGCGGCGUCCUUACUCGCGCAGUUGCAGAUGCGCAAGGAGCGCCUCCUCGAGGAGGGAGAGGCCGCCAGGAUGCGCGCGGAGCACAUCCGCCGCAUGGAUGCACUCGUCGCUGAAGCACGGGCUCAGCGGGAGCUGGCCAGAUCUGGUGUGAACGCGGGAUAUGCAGCACGGGCGAAGUGGACGCGCUCAUGCACCUACGCAUCGGUCGCUGCUGCUCCUCGGCCCCCUGCUACGGUGCGAUCCACGCCGUCCCACCGCACGGAUCCUUGGGCGGUCGACGCCGAGCGAGAGAGGCGGGCUGCGUUGUGGCAGACUCCGCCGCCACCGGAGAAUUGCGAUCGCGGCGGCGGAAUCUUCGUACGUGCUCGUUCUGCCCGUUCAUAAAUUUCGAUGUUGUUCCUGAACGCUCCACAGGGCACUUUGUGUUGUGUUGUGGUGGGAUUCGCUCUAGUGCGGCUUUGGUGGGGGUGAGCGAUGAGCACUGGGAACGUCAAGAUCAUCAACUCGUUGAGCCUCGUGUAUGAUAGGGGUAGUCAAAGUUGAGGGUUCGGUGUUCGCUUUAACGAGCGAUUGUAACGCGUAUCGAUGGUAGGGUUCGAUUCUUCUGCCAGCUCUGACCACCCCAGGCUGCCCCCUUCGAUUCGGUCACCGAUUCUGUUACCCAUUGGCACUGCUGCAUUCCUCCGAAUGGGGGCUAGAUUGGGGAGAGAUGGGGGGAAUUGAGUGCGCCGAAUCGCGAUUGGAGGGAUCCUCCAGAGUCGCUUUGACGAUUCGACGUGAUUCGGCCAGAAUCGCGGAUUCGCUCCUCGCGAAUCGUGUCCCGAACCGUUUGGUCGAACCAUUGACGGAACCGCCAUCAUUGACUACCCCUGAUAGUGUACAGUAGGGCGCCUUGGAUGUGCCACGAAUGAAGGUCAGGAAUAUCCUCUUCGAGAAGUGACGCGCACAAACCGGCGCGCUCUGACGGCUUCGCGGCCACGCGCGGGCAGCUAGGAUAACAAGGUUCGAACUACGGCCGGCCCCCGUCCCCCGUGAGGGUGCUCACCUCCCACAGUACACGAGGAUGUCCUGGGACCUCGGCGCCAGAGGGGCCGGGAGCCCUCUGCUUUCACUAUCAUGUCUCCCUCCAACAGGCGAUGCCAAGCACUGCUCAUCGACGAAGUGACCCCCUGUCCGGCUUGCGUACGGCGCAGGGGGCGCUACUGCGACCCCCACGGGGUCGAAUACCGGGAGCUGACGCGGCGGUAUAAGAGCGCGUCGGCGACGGUCGAGGCGCUGGACAGUGACAUCCUGCAGACGAGAAUGCGAAUCAGCGCGCUGAAGGACGUAGCGACCAUCGACGAGGCGACAGUGGUGGCGAA